AUGCUGACCGCAUCCCCUCAGAUGCAUGAGGCACUUCUUUCUAAUCUUCGUGUCAGGGCCUCCACCAAUGUCUCAGCAGCCCUCUCAGGCCACGUGUUACCUUCAAUAAAGCGGAAAAAGAGGCAGUGGCUCCUCACCACAUCUUCUCAUAAGACUUUAAGGAUCAAGCAAUUCCUGGCCAGGAAACAAAAGCAGAAUCAUCCCAUUCUCCAAUGGAUUCAAAUGAAAACUGGUAGUAAAAUCAGGUACAACUCCAAGAGCAGACAUUGGAGAAGAACCAAGCUGGGUCUAUGA